GUUCGACUCGUCUCCGGAAGAAGCGGAAAAACAUCAAAAUAUAUAUCCUGCUUUAAGCAGUAGAAGUAGUCCUCCUCCGAUAAGUGCUAGUGGUUGUACUAGCUCCCUUAGUACCUCCAACAUGAACAAGACCAUUGGAGGCGAAAUCAGUCCCCA